CGGCGCUGGCCUCGCAUCGUUGCCGAGAACUCCAUGCGGACACACCUCCGCUCGCUGUCCAGCCGCGCCCGCGCGCCUGCUGGCGCGCUCAGGAAGCUCAACGCCUCCGGCAGCAUCUCCGAGCUGCUGGCCGUGCACCGAGCUGGCGGCUCGGACUUUGACUCGGUCGCCGUCGGUGCCAUGUGGACGCGGCUGCGCCGGCUCGCACGGCGAGAGCCAGCGUGGGUGCGCUCGCCGCGAGCGGCGGCGGCGCUGCGGCCCGUGUGCGAUCAGACGAGGGUGAUGCUGAGCGGACUGUGCGCGCGCACAGUGGCCAACAUGCUGCAUGCGCUGGCGACGAUGCGGCUGGUGCGGGGCGGGCCGUGGGAGCCGCUUUGGCGCGAUGCGGCGGCCGACGUGCCCGGCCGCCUGGCAGAGUUCAACGAGCAAGAGCUCGCCAACCUCACCUGGGCCUUCGCGCAGUCGGGUGCCGCUCCGCCGCCGCUCAUGCGCACCCUGUCGGCAGAGGUUCGCGUGCGCUGCGGCGGGUUCAAGCCACAAGAGCUCGCCGCAGCGGCGAGCGGCUUCGCUCGCGCCCAGGCCCUCUCGCCCGCUCUGGCCGCGGCCCUCGCCGACGCCACUUUGGCGAAGCUCCCGUCCUUUGGGCCGACGGAGCUCGCAAACACCGCGUGGGCGCACGCGCGCGCCGGGCAGGCAACAAAGGGGUCGGCGCCGCUGAUGGCGGCCAUCGCCGCCGCCGCCGCGCCCAUGGCGUCCGACUUCAAGCCGCCCGAGCUGGCGAUGCUGGCCUGGGCGUACGGCUCCGCAGGCGGGCCUCGGCCGCCUGGCCUCUUCGAGGCCGUCGCGGCGGCGGCCGGCGCCAAGGUGGAUCAGCUGCGGCCCCAGGAGCUGGGCAACAUCGCUUGGGCCUUUGCGCGCGUCCGCAUCGCCGACGACGCCCUCUUCGACGCCUUUGGCGGCGCGUGCGAGCGGCGGGCGGCGGCGCUCGAGCCGCAGCACGUCGCGAUGCUCAGCUGGAGCUGCGCCACGCUGGGCUACGGGUCGGCGGCUGGGGCGGGAGGCGGCGACGCGGCCGGCCCGUCGCGCCUGCUGCAG